AUGGCUCUGAGUAGAAUAAUUGAUUUUGUACGGUAUCAUUCCAGUAACACUCUGAACUACGGUACUGUGGAGGGGGAAAUUGGCGAUAUUGAACUUAAUAUAUCCAAUAAUGAAACAAGUGGUGUAUUAAAUAAUGUGGAUGAUGAUUUCCAGCCUCCUCCCGGUACUAGUAAAUUUAGAUACCGGCUUUGGAAAAACUACUUAUUAUAUAAGGAAUUUGCUUACAAUAAAUUUGUAGCAGCUUUGAAUCAAUUUAUGGAUUAUAGUGAAUUGAAUAUGGAUUCUUUGGAAACGGUGAACACCCCCAUUACAUUUUUGGUUGAUGAAUUUGUGAUGAAAUUCUUAUUUGUGAUGGGUUUUAUAUUACAAACCCCUGCAACGUGGCUUUUGGCCAGCAUACUUUUGGCAAUUAGUAAGAAUAGGAAUAAGGAAGUUUUGUUUUGGGGUUAUGUAAACACAAUCUGGUUCUCUGUCAGUUUCUUGUACUUUAUAUAUGCCAUCAAUUACCCUUAUGAUCAUUUCAACAAUUAUCCUAGAAUACCAUCCACCCAAUCAUAA